AUGACCCUGGUGAUGAUCAUGACCUUUGUAAGACUGAAGUCAUACACCAUGAUUUAUAUGAUUCCAAUUCUCAACUUGAAGCUGAAACGCAGGUUGCAGCGGGCAGCUGUGAUGAAAAAUAAUGCCAAGAGGGCAAGACUCAACGAAUAUGCUAAUCCCUCCACCCAAAUUCUUCUCUACAAGCGAUUGGCGAUCGUAUUAAUCAUGCCGCCAAAAAACAAAGGAAAGAAGGGAAAGGCCAAUGACGACGACUAUUGGGAGACUGCUGGUGUGUCAGCGGAGAACUAUAACGCUAUCGAUGACAAGAUCGGAAAAUCUGGUGAUGAUCGCCCACUCGUCUACGAAACUGCACAAGCUGAAGAUGAGUUUCCGGAGCCGGACCAGAAGAUAAAGAAGAAGAAGAAGAAAGGGAAGAAUGACGAUGAUGUCGCUCCUGACGCCGCCCCAACUCCCGUGGCCGUACCCGCACGUAAUGCCACUGUCGCAGCGAUUGAGGAUGAAGAAGAAGGUGAAGGAGAAGAUGUUGGAGAACCGGAUACAAAGAAGAAGAAAAAGAAGAAGAAAGGGAAGAAAGACGAGGACACCGCUCCUGCCGCUGACCCGACUCCACCACCUCCCGCACCUGCAAAUAACACCACUGCCACAGCACCCGAUGAUUAUGAAGAUGGUGAAGAAGCAGGUGCAGGUGAAACGGACGCAAAGAAGAAGAAAAAGAAGAAGAAAGGGAAGAAAGAUGAGGACGUGGUUCCUGCCGUUGCCCCAACUCCCGCACCUGCAAAGAAGGCCAAAGGUGGCCUCGGUGCAUUGAAGGCUAUGAUGGAGGAGAAGAAACGACUGGAGGAGGAGGCGCGAAGACUAGAGGAGGAGGAACGGAAACCCAAGAAGGAGGGUCGAUAUUUGACGAAGAAACAAAAGGAAGAGAAGGCAGCCGCCGAGCGUCGUCGGCAGGCCCUCCUUGCAUCUGGUGUUCAAAUAGAAGGGCUGCAACAGCAGGCAGGUAUUCCGCCAAAGAAGGUCGCGUUCGGUAAUAGGAAGAAGGCUGUCAAGGAGGCCACAGCUUCGCCUGCCCCUGAAUCGAGACCGGAAACUCCAGACAACAUCCCCGAAACCUUCACCCCUUCCCAUGUCGAGCCCGCUGUUGAGGAGGCUAAGUUGGACGGAGUGAGGGAUGAGUGGGAUGCAAGUAGCGGAGAUGAAUCAGAUGAAAGUGUUGACUCGGAGGAGACGCAACCAGAACCAGAAACUCAAACAGGCGUUCAAGUUGACCAGAAUCCACCUGACGCGGCACAAGCAGAUUCAAAGAAAGAAAAGGCAGAUACAGGGGCAGCACAGGCGUAUGCGAGACCAGCUCAGACACAUGCAGCUGCCACUGCGGUGCAUAGUAAAGAUAAGAAAGAUAACCUUCGCAGUCCUAUCUGUUGUAUCCUUGGACACGUCGAUACCGGUAAGACGAAACUUUUGGAUAAGAUUCGUCAAACAAAUGUACAAGAAGGCGAAGCAGGUGGUAUCACCCAGCAAAUAGGUGCCACGUACUUCCCGUUGGAUGCCAUAAAGACGAAGACUGCAGAUAACUCUCAAGAAUACAAAAUCCCUGGAUUAUUGGUUAUCGAUACGCCCGGACACGAAUCUUUCACCAACCUGCGUAGCCGUGGAAGUUCUCUGUGCAACAUCGCAAUUUUGGUGGUAGAUAUCAUGCACGGCCUUGAGCCACAAACCCUGGAGUCGCUAAGGUUAUUGAGAGACAGAAAAACACCGUUCAUCGUGGCCCUUAACAAGAUUGACCGAUUAUACGGCUGGAAAGCAACACCCGACGGCGCUUUCCAAGAAUCACUUGCGAAGCAAAAACAAUCUGUGCAACGACAAUUCGAAGAUCUUGUGCAAAAGACCAUCCUCGCCUUUGCAGAACAGGGGUUGAACUCAGUCUUAUACUACGAGAACAAGAGUUUUGCCCGCAAUGUUUCUCUGGUACCUACCUCUGCCAUCACCGGGGAAGGCGUUCCCGACAUGAUCAUGCUAUUGGUCAAUCUUACCCAGCAACGCAUGAGUGAUCGCUUGAUGUACCUCUCGGAGCUGGAGUGCACUGUCCUCGAAGUUAAGGUAGUAGAGGGCUUGGGCACAACAAUUGAUGUUGUUUUGUCCAACGGUAUUCUACGUGAAGGUGACAAAAUCAUUGUAUGCGGUCUCAAUGGCCCGAUUGUCACUCAGUCAGCAUACGUUCACCACAAAGAAGUCAAGGCGGCACUGGGUGUCAAGCUUGUUGCUCCUGACCUCGAUAAAGCUGUUGCAGGUUCACGACUCCUUGUUGUUGGGCCAGACGAUGAUGAGGAGGAUUUGCUCGACGAGGUCAUGUCAGACCUUACCUCGCUUUUAAACUCCGUCGACAAGUCAGGUCGUGGAGUUUGCGUGCAAGCCAGUACGUUAGGAUCUCUCGAAGCGUUGCUUGACUUCUUGAAAGUCAGUAAAAUUCCCGUAUCGGGGAUUAAUAUCGGCCCCGUGCACAAGAAAGAUGUCAUGCGCGCUGCCACAAUGCUAGAAAAGGCCAAGGAGCUCGCAGUUAUUCUUUGUUUCGAUGUACCAGUUGACAAGGAUGCCGAAAAAAUCGCUGAAGAAAUGGGCAUCAAAUUGUUCAAAGCUGACAUCAUCUACCAUCUGUUUGACGCCUUCACUGCCUAUAACAACGAAAUCAUGGAGGCAAAACGACGAGACGCGGCUCCGCAAGCGGUGUGGCCGUGCAGAUUGAAGACUAUAGCUGCUUUUUGUAAACGUGAUCCAAUUAUUUUGGGAGUUGACAUAUUGGAUGGGACUCUUCGAGUGGGCACUCCGAUCUGUGUUGUCACGGUCGAUCCGACAACACAAAAGAAAGAAAUCAUCGACCUUGGAAAGGUCACGUCGUUGGAAAUCAACCACAAAUCAUUCGAUAUCGUCAAGAAAUCUCAAUCUGGUGGUGGUGUUGCUGUGAAGAUCGAACAUGCUGUGUAUGAAUCUGGAAAGAUGUUUGGCCGACACUUCGAUGAAAAGAAUGAAUUGUUCAGUCACAUCACAAGACAGAGCAUUGAUGUUCUCAAGACGUCCUUCAAGGCUGAUGUUUCCAAUGAGGAGUGGCUCCUCAUCAAAGCUCUCAAACCCUGUAUUUAUACCAUCUUGCACAUCCUGCCAGGACCUGCCUUGAAUCCCACUUCCUUAUCCUCUAGUUCACUUACCACGAUGUCCAACCAUUCCAGCACUGAAGUACAGAAGAAAGACGAUGUUGUUGGUGAUAGCGAAAGUGGAUCUAUCGCAGACACGGACGCCCUGCAGCUGGUAAUUCGCUCCUCAACGACAGAAGGGAAUGACCUUGCAGGAAAUGAUGCGUUUGGUAUCACUCAAUUAAUCGGUAUAGUGAUCAACUGGAUGGCUGCGGGUAUCCCUACUGCUGACCGACUCAGGAUCGUUUUUGACCAUCCCGGACGGGCACAACUCGGCUAUAAACAGCAAUUACAUCGCAGUUGGCACCUGAUUGAGAGCUUUGCGGCAAGCUUUGUUGCCCUAAACUUCAUUGGAGGCGUCAGAUCUUUUAUCUUCCUCGGGCUUCUCGCGGGAGGGCCCGCCGCGGUAUGGUCAUCGUACCUUAUCACGAUGAUCUUUAUGUUCAUAACUGCUGCUGUUCUUGCCGAGAUCUGCUCCGCGCUACCAUUGAGCGGCUCUAUCUACUUAUGGGCUGCAGAAAGUGCUGGUCCAAAGUAUGCCAGAUUCUUCGGGUUCCUGGUUGCUUGGUGGGCAUGUACCGCAUGGAUGACCUUUACCGCAAGCAACUGUCAAACCACAGCCAAUUACAUCGUUUCUCAACUUGCUGUUUGGGAGAUUGACUUCCCUGGAGGUGUUGGAAAUGACAAUAUCCAGUGGCGAGCCCUGAUAUGGGCAAUAUCCGAAGGAAUGUUGUUGUUGUCAGUGGCUAUCAACUACCUUCCGCCAAAAUUUUAUUCUGGUGUCUUCAAAUUUUCCAUCGGCCUCAUGAUGCUUGACUUUUUCCUGUGUCUCAUCUGGUUGCCCAUUGGUGUCUCAAAUACCUACGGUUUUCGGUCCGCCAGUGAUGUCUUCACGAUGACCUAUAACGGCACGGGAGCCCCAGCUGGGUGGAACUGGCUCUUAUCUUUGUUAUUCACAGCGGGGACCUUGACUGGCUUUGAUGCCUCAGGACACAUCGCCGAGGAGACCAAGAAUGCUAGUGUGGUUGCAGCAAAAGGGAUUUUAUCGAGCGCAAUUGCAACAGGUGUUUUGGGCUUCAUUACGACCAUUCUGUUUUUGUUCUGUACACCAGACCUCGAGAUUAUGUUUGCUCUCGAUGCGCCGCAGCCCUUCGUGCAGAUCUACGCGCUCGCUCUUGGAAAGAAAGCCAGUAUCUUUAUGACCGUUAUUGCGGUCAUUGGCCUGAUCAUGAACACAACUGUUGCUAUCGUCGCAUCCUCGCGCCUUGUUUUCGCGGUCGCAAGAGACGGGGUUUUACCAUUGUCCGGAUGGAUCGGCGCUGUCGACUCGAAAGGACAACCUCGCAAUGCGGUUACCGUCAUCUACAUCUUUGGAGCGAUUAUUCUCUGUACAAUCAUUCCUAGUCAGGUGGCAUUCACAUCAUUGGUCUCAGCCGGGGCCGUUCCGACCAUUGCGGCAUAUGGCCUUAUCGCUUUGCUACGCUUGACGGUGACACCCGAUUGUUUCCAGUCCUCUCAUUUCAAGCUGGGAAAAUAUGCUAAACCAUUCUAUGUUUGCGCUGUCUUAUUUAAUGCACUGGUAUUUGCGGCCGUGCCAGGUCGACAUAUCACCAUUUGA